AUGAAGGACCGACUGGAACAACUCAAGGCGAAAUCUGAUCAGGCCCCCGAUGAUGUGGAGAUCCCAGUGGAAAACCAGGCCUUUAUGGAUGAAUUUUUCUCUCAGAUUGAGGAGAUCCGUACGAAUAUUGAUAAGAUCGACGAAAACGUGACGGAAAUUAAGAAACUCUAUUCGGUCAUCCUCUCUGCGCCCACCUCAGAUCAAAAGACGCAAGAUGACAUGGAAGCGGUCACCAAUGAGAUCAAGAAACUGGCCAACAACGCUCGCAACAAACUGAAAAGCAUUGAGCACAGCCUGGAAACAAACGCAGAAGAGAGAGUCUCCGCAGACAUGCGGAUACGGAAAUCCCAGCAUGCUAUUCUGGCCAGGAAAUUUGUAGAGGUGAUGACCAAGUACAAUGAGGCACAGGUGGAGUUCAGGGAGAAGAGCAAAGGUCGCAUUCAGAGACAGCUGGAGAUCACGGGUAAAACCACCACGGAUGAGGAGCUGGAAGAAAUGUUGGAGGGAGGAAACGCGGCCGUGUUCACCGCAGGGAUCAUGGAUUCGGGGAUAUCCAAACAGGCUCUGAGUGAGAUUGAGGCUCGGCAUAAAGACAUCGUGAGGCUGGAGAGCAGUAUUAAAGAACUGCACGACAUGUUUGUGGACAUUGCCAUGCUGGUUGAGAACCAGGGUAGUAUGAUUGACAGGAUAGAGAGCAAUAUGGACCAAUCGGUAGGCUUCGUGGAGCGGGCAGUGGCUGACACAAAGAAAGCGGCCAAAUUCCAGCAGGAAGCACGCAGGAAAAAGAUGAUGAUCAUGCUAUGCUGCACGAUUCUUGCGGUCAUUGGGGGAUCACUUGUGUACAGUUGGUUGACAUAG